ACCUGGAGAUAACCUAGGUACCAUUCUAUGUGUAUACUUUCAGCCUUUUUGUUUUACGACGGAAAUGUUAAGACAAAUUGUGUUUUUUUCCCAUUGUUCUACAGACAGAUGACUGAGCUACCUAAUGACGUAUAGGUGAGAAUCAAGUCCGGAGCUAUGGACCAAUCCAACGUACCCUAUCCUGUUAGUAUCAGCGUCUGUACGCAUAACGUCUCAUCAUGCACAAUCACCAGUCCCUCAUCGGUCAUUGGCUUUCAACUCCCAGCCAACUCCAAUCCGGUGGCCGCCUCGGACAGUAAAGUUCCGAUAUCAGCGGCCAUUCCAGCCAUGUUGACUACAUCGUUGGAUUACAGUGGUGGUCAUCAGCCAACCAUCGUCCAUGUUCCACCGUCUAUGAUGGCUGUUGAUAGAGUCUUGAAUUCACUGAGUGAUCAAGAUCAAGCCAGCUCCGACCUUGAAGUCCAGUCAGUCAUGUGUCCAGAAACCAGAAAUUUACUGCCAACACUGAAGCCAGUUUGUCCAAGCAGGUCUUCAUCUUCAAGUAAAUCCAGUAAAUCCAGCUACUCUCCGCUUAGGUUGCAGGUAUCAAUGACUAAUACAAAACGAGGUAACGUCCAGAGUGUCACACCUACAUGUUUGUAUAAUUACAGCGUGCAUCAGCUGGCUGCCCAAGGUGAGAUUGCCACCCUUGAAGAAAAGUUCCAAGAAGACAUUGACAUUGAUGAACUCGACUCCAUCGGCCGGACCCCCUUGAUGUGGGCAUGUGCCCAUCAGCAGACAGAUAUCGUCCAGCAUCUUCUUACUCACGGUGCUGAUGUGACCAAGGAGAGUCUAGAUGGUGAGACAGCACUAGCGUUUGCUAGCAGUGCGGGCAGCAUCGAUAUCGUCCGUACACUGCUCACUGAGGGAGCCGAUGUUAACAAAGCCGAUUGGAAUGAAGGAACGCCGUUGCUGUAUGCUGUCUAUAACAACCAUCCUAUCUGUGUUCGUUUGUUAUUGGAGGCUGGAGCUGACUUGACUGUGCAGACAGAAGGAGGACACACCCCUGUCAGUCUUGCUGUCGCCAUGGGCCAUAGAGAGGUGCAACUUACGAUUGAGAAACACAUGAUAUCGCUCCUACAAAAUGGCUGAUAGUGUCACAGAGUACAGCUGAAGAUGUAAGAAAAACAACGCCACUGCUUCCUGCUUACCUCUAGCCCUUUCUCCUUCCAACAGCAAAAACAUAUUUCGUACAUGAGAUCAACACAGUCUUAUAAUAGUAUACAAAUAAUGAAUAUUUGUGAGUACAAUGGAAGGAAUAGUUUCAUGAUGUGAAAGAUUGACCGUUAUUGCCUCGUUGAAUGGAACAGUCAAUCUUUCACCGAAUGUAAAUAUUCCUUCCACUGCACAAAUUAAAAAACAUUCAUUACUUGUUUUAUACAGGGUGAGAAAAAAAAAACCGAAACACAAAUGUCAGGACCAUUGUUUUAGUGAAGUUC